AGCCAGACAGACAGAUAGCCCAAUGGCACUGAACACGCAGUUUCAGGCUGCUUGCCUCUUGCUCCUCGUCCUCACCGGCCUGGCCAAUGGCUUCAUUCUCCAGCAACAGACAAAGCAGCUUGCAGACCCACAGGCCCACGACACAACCGGAGCCCAGGCCAGGAUGAUGCCUGCACUCCACAGCCUGAGGCGGCGAGACACCCACUUUCCCAUCUGCACAUUCUGCUGUGAAUGCUGUCGGAAAUCAACCUGUGGGUUCUGCUGCAAGACGUAGGACCUGCCCACUCUGCCCCAGCCUCCUACCCACCUCCCUUAUUUAUUCCUGCCACCCUCUGACACUCAUCUUGAAAUAAAAUGUAUGAUGCUACUAUUU